UAAAAACUGAAAUUAUAUUUCUUCCAUGAACUGGAAUAAUGUAUUCCUAAAUUUAUAUGCUCUUAACUCGGCUGUUCUGCUUCCAGUACUCUACUUGGAUUCAUUUAUUUAUCUUAUUUAUUGUCCAUAUUUACUUUUUGUGAUGCAUUUGUUUUUUUGAAAUACUUAAUUUUGCUAAAUAUUACUCAAUCUAUAUUGUUAUAAUUAAAACCUGAUGUGCUAGAGAUACAUCAGGGCAGAUUAAUUCACUGUAUUUAAAAAAAAUAAAAAAGUUUUAUAGACAGGUUCGGUCCCCAUUGAAGACCUAAGUGCCACCUCUGGAUAAUUUAGGCUUUUUGAUUAUUUAAUCACUGAAUCAAGUCAUAAAAUAUUAGUUUUAAUUCAUUUGUAGCUGCUAUACUUGUCAUUACAUGUAUGUGUCGUUAGGGGGCGUUGCUGAGUGGUCCUGUCAGAUCCGUCAGUGUUAGGAGGUUCAGCAUCCACGCGCAGCUCUUUCUGUGCUCCCUCUGGUGAAACAGCAGUGCCUCAUAGGACUGUUGGGGAGGAACAUGGAAUAACAGACAUCUUCUGAACGAGACGACUUUUGGACCAGGCACAAAUGGAUGAAGCAAAUGAGAAAUCUGAAGAUGUCAUCUCCAUGGCCGACUCAUCGGUCACAGUCGAGGACAUCGAAGGGGAGCUGCUCAAAAUCGAGCGACUACGAAACGUCCUCGUGCGAAGAGAAUCAGAGCUGAGAUACAUGAUGGAUGACAUCCAGUUGUGUAAUGAAAUUACAAGGCUGAAACGAGAGCUGCAAAAACUGGUUUCCAUCCCAGACCAAGACAAGUCCAAGGAGAAUCGGACAAGGGAGGAGGAGCUCCUGCAGCAGAUCAGCAAGUUGGUGGAGACCCGAGACUUCCUUGUAGAUGAUGUGGAAUUCGAGCGGCUCAGGGAAAGAGAAGAAGACAUCGAAAUGGCGGCGUUCUUACAGCCCAAAUUUCAAAAUAUUUUAGGGAGAAAAGCUUCUCUGCGAGACCAGAAGAUGGUGCCCAAACCUUCUCACCCACCAACAUCUUUCAUCACAAAAACUGGACUAACGCUACUGAAAGACUGCUGCGGCGUCACAUGCUCCAUCAUGUAACACAUUUGUGUGCAUGCUUGCAAAUCUUCGGACAAUCUUGUAUUCAAUUGAAAUCAUGACUUAUUUGGCAUAAAUAUAUGAAUGUUUCAUCACAAGCAUGCUAUUGCAUCUGCUUUUGAGUAUUGUCAGUGUUCAUCACAUAGUGAGAAGAUGUUCUCACUCCUCAAGUAGGUGCAAACACACACUCUGCAGUCAUAGAUGACUCAUACAGUGGGUGGUCUUAAUGUGAAAUGACUUGGUAAACAUUCUUUUCAUUUUAUCCUGUGACAGAAAUAAAAACAGUUCAGCAUUGUUCA